AUGAUCAUUGAAGAUGUGGCUGUGGUCUUCACGCACGAAGAGUGUACCUCAGAACUGACUGCACAUAAAAGAAUCCACAGCGGAGAGAAGCCUUAUGUAUGUAAGCAAUGUGGGAAAGCCUUCAGACGGUCCUCACACUGCAGUAGACACAUGCAAACUCAUAGUGGAGAGAGGCCCUAUGAAUGUAAAGAAUGUGGGAAAACCUUUAGAACAACCACACAUCUUACAGGACAUAGAAUAAUCCACAAUGGAGAGAAACCUAAUGAAUGUAAGGAGUGUGGGAAAGCGUUUAGAACAACUUCACAACUUAAAAUACAUAGAGGAAUCCACAGUGCGGAGAGGCCCUAUGAAUGUAAGGAGUGUGGGAAAGGCUUUCUAACACCCUCAAGACUCAGAACACAUAGAAUAAUCCACAGUGGAGAGAAGCCUUAUGAAUGUAAGGAGUGUGGGAAAGCGUUUAAAACAACUUCCCACCUUACAACACAUAGAGGAAUCCACAGUGCGGAGAAGCCCUAUGAAUGUAAGGAGUGUGGGAAAGGCUUUCUAACACCCUCAAGCCUCAGAACACAUACAACAAUCCACAGUGGAGAGAGGCCCUAUGAAUGUAAAGAAUGUGGAAAAGCCUUUAGAAUAACCGCACAUCUUACAGCACAUAGACUAAUCCACAGUGGAGAGAAGCCUUAUGAAUGUAAGGAGUGUGGGAAAGCCUUUAGCAGAACAUCACACCUUAAAUCACAUAGAAUAAUCCACAUUGCAGAGAGGCCCUAUGAAUGUAAGGAGUGUGGAAAAGCCUUUAGAAGUACUGCACACCUUACAAGACAUAGAAAAAUCCACAGUGCAGAGAGGCCCUAUGAAUGCAAGCAAUGUGGGAAAGCCUUUAGAACACCUGCACACCUUAGAAGACAUAGAAGAAUCCACAGUGGAGAGAGACCCUAUGAAUGUAAGGAGUGUGGGAAAGCCUUUUUUCAGUCCUCAAGUCUCAUACAACAUAGAAGAAUCCACAGUGGAGAGAAGCCUUAUGAGUG